AUGGCCCUGCUGGCCCUGGACAGUGCUGUCCUGUCUGCCCUGCUGGCCCUGGCUGUCUUCAGGGUGCCCGCCUGGGCCUGUCUCCUCUGCUUCACAACUUACUCUGAGCGCCUCCGCAUCUGUCAGAUGUUUGUUGGCAUGCGGGGCCCCAAGCUCGAAGAGUGUGAGGAGGCCUUCACGGCCGCCUUCCGGGGUCUCUCUGACACGGAAAUCUACUAUGAUGAGAGAAGCCACCUGCAUGACGCCUUCACCCAGAUGACCCAUGCCCUGCAGGAGCUGGCUGCUGCCCAGGGAUCCUUUGAGGUUGCCUUCCCUGAUGCUGCAGAGAAAAUGAAGAAGGUCAUUACACAGCUUAAAGAAGCCCAGGCCUGCAUCCCUCCUUGCGGUCUCCAGGAGUUCGCCCGGCGUUUCGUCUGCAGCGGGUGCUACUCCAGGGUCUGCGACCUCCCGCUGGACUGCCCAGUUCAGGAUGUGACAGUGAUUCGGGGCGACCAGGCAAUGUUUUCUUGCUUCGUGAACUUCCAGCUGCCAAAGGAGGAGAUCACCUAUUCCUGGAAGUUCGCAGGAGGAGGUCUCCGGACUCAGGACUUGUCCUAUUUCCGAGAUAUGCCGCGGGCCGAAGGAUACCUGGCGCGGAUCCGUCCGGCGCAGCUUACGCACCGCGGCACGUUCUCCUGCGUGAUCAAGCAAGACCAGCGCCCCCUGGCCCGGCUCUACUUCUUUCUUAACGUGACGGGCCCGCCCCCGCGGGCGGAGACAGAGUUGCAGGCUUCGUUCCGGGAAGUACUGCGCUGGGGGCCGCGGGACGCCGAGCUGAUCGAGCCCUGGAGGCCCAGCCUGGGCGAGCUGCUCGUCAGGCCUGAGGCUCUGACGCCCAGCAACCUGUUCCUGCUUGCAGCCCUCGGGGCCCUCGCAUCAGCGAGUGCGACCGUGUUGGCGUGGAUAUUCUUUCGAUGGUACUGCAGUGGCAACUAACAAAAGUAUCUCUUUCCUCCUUCCCUAUCCUGUUUCCAUUCUGAAAAUAAAGAAUAUAUUUCAACUCU